GUGAGCAAGAACAGCCUCAGUUGUCAGGACAGAAGAAGCCAGGGCAACACUGCAAUGGAUUUUCCAGUGCAGGUGAACAUACAGAAGGAUGUGACCUGCCCCAUCUGCCUGGAUCUUCUGACAAUUCCCCUGAGCCUGGACUGUGGCCACAGCUUCUGCCAAGCUUGCAUCACUGCAAAGAGUAAGGAGUCAGGGGCCCUCCAAGGAGGGGAAAGCAACUGCCCAGUAUGCCAGUGUAAAUACCAGUUUUGGAAUCUCCGACCUAAUCAGCCCCUGGCCAAUAUAGUGAAGAAAGUCAGGGAGAACGUGAGCCCACAGCAGAAAAAUCUCUGUAAGCACCAUGGAGAAAAACUCCUGAUCUUCUGUAAGGAGGAUGAGAAGGCCAUUUGCCAGCACUGUGCCCAGUCUGUGGAGCACCGUGGUCAUCAAAUAUUCUUCAUGGAAAAGGUGGUCAUGGAAUGUCAGGAAAAGCUCCAGGCAGCUCUGAAGAAGCUGAGGAAGGAGCAGCCGAAAAUGGAGGAGUUGGAAGCUGACAUCAGGGAGGAGAAAGCUUCCUGGAAGAAUCAUAUGCAGACUGAGAGACAAAGGAUUCUGAAAGGGUUUAAUGAAAUAAGAGCCACCCUGGACAGCGAGGAGAAGAGGGUGCUGCAAAAGCUGGAGGAAGAUGAAGUGAAUGUGCUGGAUAACUUGGUAGUGGCCAGAGACCAGCUGGCCCGGCAGAAGCAGUGCUUGAGAGAGCUCAUCUCAGACAUUGAGCAUCAGAUAUGGGGGUCGUCAGCAGACACAGUGCAGGAUAUGAUUUAUGUCAUGAAAAGGAGUGAGAGCUGGACCUUGAAGAAGCCAAACAUUGUUUCCAAGAAACUGAAGAGUACAUUCCUAAUUCCAGAUUUGUGUGGGAUGCUGCAAGUGUUUAAAGAGCUGACAGAGGUCCAACGCUACUGGGUGGACGUGAUCCUGAAGCCAGUCAAUGCUAUUUCGAAUAUUGCCCUUUCUGCUGAUAAAAGACAAGUGACAGCUGUGCACAACUUCUCGCUUAAAAAUAUAUUUCUAUGUGAUUUCUCUGCUUUUGAUGUCUUGGGCUGCCAAUAUUUCUCCUCAGGGAAGUAUUACUGGGAAGUAGAUGUGUCUGAGAAGAUUGCCUGGAUCCUCGGGGUGUACAGUAAAGUAAGAAACCUCAAGAGAAAAGGGAGCUCUGGGUUUGUUUUUGAUCCGAAUGUAAACCGUCCAGAUGUUUACUCCAGAUACACACCUCAAUUUGGCUACUGGGUUAUUGGGUUACAGAAUGGAUCUGAGUAUAAGGUCUUUGAGGAGUCUUCCACCUCUGAUCCCAAGGUCUUGACUCUUUUUAUGCCUGUUCCUCCUUGUCGUGUUGGGGUUUUCCUAGACUGUGAAGCACGUAUUGUCUCAUUUUUCAAUGUCACAAACCAUGGGUCAGUCAUCUACAAGUUUUCUAAUUGUCAGUUUUCUCGGACUACCUGCCCAUAUUUCAAUCCUUGGAACUGUCAACGCCCAAUCACCCUGUGCACACCGACUUCCUGAAUCUUCUUAGUCCCUCUCCUACUUCUGUGUAACGCCCCUUGUCCUGGGGUUCAUCUACACCUGAGCUCAUCUGCACCAUUCUGAACACAUCUCCUUCUUUUCUCCAUCUUUCAAUUUAGAAUGUUUUUGGAAUAGUCUGCUAGGACUGCUGUAACAAAGUCCCCCCAAACAAAGGCUAACAACAGAAAUUUCUUGUUUCACAGUU